UAUUUUUGAAAAUACACGUUGAUAAGAGCGCCCUUGUAUCCGAUUUUUUUUUUUCACAAGAUUAUAAUAAGAAACCAAUACAAUGUUUCAUUUUUCAUCAUUUUCCAAAACUAUUUCCCAAUGCUGAGAUUCAAAUUACAUAAAAUAUAAAUUCAAGUACUUUACGAUUUGAUUUUUCUGCAUUCAAGAGGAAUGAAUUUCAAUUACAAUCUCUUGUAGUGCCAUCUUAUGGCGUUUUAAUUGAUAGCAGCGUAAAAUUAAUUCCUAUGUUCUGUCACCGUGGUGCUGAUUUUACCGAAAACCAUUAUUUUUUUUCGAGAUUUACGAGAGUUACACUUUCAUCUUUAUUUUCUCUUGCUCAAUCAAAGCUGAUGUCUAAAAUGCAUUUUAAUGUACCGAAUUCAAUAUCAUUGUACUUUACGCGAAUUUCAUGCUAAUAUAAAUUGGAAGUAAUAGCGCUAAAAACAGUGUUCAGAAAUUCCAAAUUUUGCAGCUUACGAAAACUUCGUAUAAAAUUAUUCAUUUGUGUAUUGUUUGUUUAAGCAGAGAGAACAAAAAAAAACAGUGCUGGGUGCUGGUGUUGCAACAUUAUAAUAAAGAACAAACAGAUAAUAGGUUCACAACGCAAAGUAUAGCAAACACUGAACCAGUGAAUCAGAGCGAAUUGUCUAAAGCGGAUUAUAAAAAUCGCAUCCAAAAAAUAAAGUGAAAUUUAAAGACAUAAUAAUAUUUUAGAUCAUCUAAAGAAUUUUAUAUUUUCUGUGGACAAAAAUAGUUGUGUCAGUGUGUCCAGACAAGUCGUCAGUGAUUACAAAGUCUUUUUUUCGUAUACUCGGCGAAGUUCAGGUGUAAUAACGAUGAAUAAAACUAACCGGAAAAAUCGAACAGGUCCAUCCAGACCGCAGCAGCGUGGACGCUCAGCUGUUAUAGAGGGAGUAUAUAAUAAUGUGCAUUUUAUGCAUGCAGUCGCAUCACAGAUCGGCAAUGUAGUUCAGAUUCAAACCAAAUCCGGAGCUAUUUUCGAAGGAAUUUUCUAUACCGUUUCACCACAUUUCGAAAUUGUGCUGCAACUCGUACACCGAAUUGAAGUUCCAGCUUCAACAAACUCCUCGUUGUCAACACCCGCAUCAUCAAAUACAACAUCCAGCACCAAUAGUUUAACAAGUGCUGGAAAUAUAGAUACCACAGGACCACUUGAUGACUACAACGUGGCGGUUGAUUCAAUAUUUGAUGUUCUGAUAUUUAAACCGUGUGAUGUGGUUUUCAUUAAAGCCAAAGACGCUGAUUUAGAUUAUGCAACAAAAGACACUUUUCAAACCGAUACGGCUAUUUCCAAGUGCAAUGGUUCACGGUUUGAUGAAAAAGAACUGGAACCGUGGCAGUUUGAUGGCGAAAGUAAUUCCAUCAAUGGAGAUGUAGAUAUUAACUUAGAAUUGGAUGGAAAUGCCAAUGGGUGGGAUGUGAAUGAUAUGUUUUCUUUCAAUGAGCAACGUUAUGGAGUUCAAUCAACAUUUGAUCAAUCUCUAUCCGGUUAUACAAUACAAAUUCAGAAAGAUGACACAAAAGAUUACAGAGAUGCAGAGGAACAAGCUGAAAAAAUCGCUUUGGAAAUCGAAAGUCAACCUGCCUACAAGGAACGUACGGAUAUUGAAAAUGGUGACGAAAAUGAAGAAGCCAAGUUCGCCGCUGUAGAGCGUCCACAGUCAAGUAGUCCAGAUGAAAUUAAAGUUGGAAAAUACGUCGCACCGGGUCGGCGUAAACAGCACAAUACACAGGCUGGUAAACUUAUCCGACCAUCGCAGUUGAACAAUAGUAACAACAAUACUAGCAGUUCAAGUUCUUCAUCAGUGCCGAUUUUGUCCCCACAACAAAGCAGCAAUAACAAAUAUCCUUCAUUGGUUUCACAUUCCCUGCCACCACAACCAACGGUGCAAAAAAAUACGGUACAACCCCAACCACCUGGUCCUCAGCAAACGCUUAUUCACCGGACACAUAAUCAAUCAACGUUGCAACAGGUUCAAAUGUCACACAAGUUGAAUGGAGAUGACCAACCAGGCAACGAAAUGAAGCACAAUCAUCAUCGCCGUCAUCGAUCAGAUAUCGAUAGCGACCGAAAUGAACGCGGAGAUCGAAUAGAUCGAGGUGAUCGAUUAGAUAAAGACAACAGAGAAAGUCGCGACCCCAGAGAUAGAGAAAACCGCGAUCGGGAUAUCCGAGAGAAUAUAAGGGAUGGCAACAAGGGUGGCCCACCAAUGCCCCAACGAGGAGGGAUGCGGCAUUACUCUAACCAGCAAAUGGUUCAGAGUGGAAAUUUAACAACGUUUUCUGAAACCAUUAGUGGUAAUAAUAGCAAUAGUCAAUUGCUAGUGACACCACAAAUUAAUCAAAUGCCACCUCCAUCACAUCAAGGUCCCCCUCCUCAUCAAUCACAAGUACGGAUGUAUCAUAAUUCACCACUAAUGGCACAAGAUAAUCAACAGAAUAUGCCGACACAUGUUGUUAUUCAACAACAGAUCGGUCCUCCUCCACAGCCACAACGUCAAAGAAUUCAGCGUGACGAGCAAACAUCUGAAUUCCGGAAAUUUAAACAGAACUUCAUUUUAACGUCUUCGAAAGGGCAGCGUGGCAACGAGCAAAGUCAGUCGCAUCAAAACCAAGCAGGUUCGGAAUUGAGACCUCCACAUGAAGAAAAUGCAAACCAAUCAAAACCAUUCUCAAAACCAUACGUGAAUCAAUUGAAACAAUAUGCUGGCCAACCGGUUGAACCACCUAUUUCGAAUUUGAAUCCAGAUGGGGAAAAGAGAUCAAUUUCUGGUCAACAGCAACAAUCAAAAACUGGAGCAAAUCCAAAUAGCGGCGGCACGAAUCAACUAACAGAUGCUAAGGUGGAACAGCCAACCCAAACUUACGUGAGCGUGGUUCAACAGCAGACCCAACCACCACCUCAGCCACAACAACAAAUGCAUACUCAAAAAACACCAGUACAAUCGCAACCGUUGGGUAAUGUUCCAACACAGUCCACAUCGCCUCCUAUUCAACAACAACCAAAUAGAGAUACAGAGAGAUCGACUCCUAAUAUUUCUGAUACACAUCAAGAGUACCAGUCACCUGUUUCGCAAACGUCGCAACAACAAACAUCCAAUGCAAGCAGCUCAUCAAGCAGUACACCACCUGCAACAUCUACUCCUCAAACUCCCGGCAGCAUCAAUAACGAAUCCACUUCAUCGGAAAAACAACAAAAUGCACCAAAAAAGUACACUUUGAACCCCGCUGCAAAACCCUUUACACCGAGAAUUCCGGUAACUCCAAAUUCAUCGCGUCCACAUACACCCCUCACGCCAGGAACGCAACCAAACAAUGUUAUCUCCCAAGCAGUUCACCCGAAUCAUGCUCCUGCUGCUGCACAGCCAAAUCAAUUGCCGAUGCAUCCAACACAACAGCCAACGCCACAACCUCCCCAAAUUCCUGGUCAACAUGUUACACAGGGUCCAGUUAUGACAAUGGCUUACUUUGUUCAACAACAGCAGUCUUAUCCAACGCCACCACAUCAGCAAGCUAUUGCUUAUUCGGGAGCGUCAAUGGGUUUAAGAAAACCAGCAUAUGAUCGAAAGAAUCAAUUGCCCGUGUCUCAAGUUCAAGUGGCAGCUGCAGCUUCUGCAGUAACUGGUGCGCCAUUACAUGUGGCAACACCAAUGGCACCGUAUAUUUCACCCUAUCCACAAGCACAUCCACAAACAUUUCAGGGACCGUAUGCACAUAUGGUUUUAAAUAGAUAUCCCGAAAAUCCCCAUCAGCCCCAACAGUUACAAUACUUGACUGCUACUCCGCCUUCAACAACUCCAUCGCCUGGUCAACCGCACCAACAGCAAUUUCAUCAGGGCCCACAGCAAGCAGGUACAACGCAAUACCAAGCAGCACCGCAGCAAUUUCAAGUGAUUCCUGUGAUGAAUGGUCCACCUGUGGUUACACCAUACAUGCAACCACCAAACUCAGGACCAUUUUUGCUAAUGCAACCACAUCCGCAGCAGUAAAACAAAUGAAAACAACAGUUGCCCAAACAAGUUCGAUCCUUUCUCAUUGAAACAACAAGCUCAAACCAAUUUUUUAAACUUCAAAUCUUCUUUCAAAGCAAAUAUUUAUUUCAAAUUUUCAAAGUAAAUAAUUUUUUUUUGAAGCUUGUAUUAAAAAUUAAAUGCGUACAACCGAUUCAAAAUUGAGUAAAUGCCACGAAAUUGAUUCAAAUUUGUCAAAAAAUAUGUUAUUAGUCGAACACAAUGGGCGGUAAGAAAUAAAUCAUUCACCUAGUGAAACAAAAGCGACAAUUUUAAAUUCAAAUUUCGUUGAUAAUAAAAAAUUGAUCACAUCGGGAAAAA